GGUGGGAUUCGCUAAUCGUUCUGAAAUGCAAGAGGCCAUCUCAGAUAUAGUCUGGGAACUUGGGAACCAGAAGGACAUAAUAUCCACAGACCCUGAAGACUUGCAUGCUCACGGCUAUUCCAGCUGGUCGACGGUCAAUCCCGACGAGCUGCCCGUUGCCGUGGCGUAUCCUCGCACCACGGAGCAUGUUGCUACCAUAGUUCGAGUCUGCCAUCGCCACCGGGUCCCUGUCAUCCCAUUUUCAGGAGGCACCAGCUUGGAGGGCAACUUCUCGGCGCCCUAUGGCGGCGUCAGCAUUGAUUUCGCCUACAUGAACAACAUCAUCCAGGUCAACAAGGACGACAUGGACGUGAUUGUGCAGCCCAGCGUGGGAUGGCGAGACUUGAACGAUGAGCUCGUCAAGUUAGGCACGGGACUAUUUUUCCCAGUUGAUCCCGGUCCCACUGCCAGAAUUGGGGGUAUGAUUGGGACCAACUGCUCCGGAACCAAUGCUGUACGAUAUGGCACCAUGAAGGAUUGGGUCAUCAAUUUGACCGUGGUCUUGUCGGAUGGACAGAUUAUCAAAACGCGCAGGCGACCUCGCAAGUCAUCUGCAGGGUACAACCUCAACAGCCUCUUUGUCGGUUCCGAAGGAACUCUUGGCAUUGUGACCGAAGGCGAGUGGCGAAUUACCCAGCCCUUUUCAACGCUGAAGCUCGCCGUCCUUCCGGAAGAGACGUCGGUAGCAGUUGUGACUUUCCCAAGCAUUCGCCACGCCGCAUCGGCCGCUGCGAGCAUCAUGCAAGCCGCCAUUCCCAUGCAGUGUCUCGAGAUCAUGGACGAGGUGCAAAUGCGAGUCGUCAAUUUGAGCAAGUUCACCGCGCCUCGAGUCUGGGUUGAAAAACCGACGCUGUUCUUGAAGUUCGCCGGCACCAAGGGCAGCGUCAAAGAGCAGAUCCAGCUGGUGGAGAAGAUUACGGCAAACCACAAGGGCGGCAACUUUGAAUUUGCAAAAGACGAACAGGAGCAACAGUUGCUGUGGUCCGCAAGAAAAGAGUCACUAUGGUCGAUGCUCUCGCUGAGAAAAGAAGGCGAAGAUGUUUGGAGCACUGAUGUAGCCGUGCCGCUUAGUCGCCUUGCAGACAUCAUCGAAGUCAGUAAGAAGGAAAUGGAUGAACUGGGCUUAUUUGCCAGCAUCCUCGGCCACAUUGGCGAUGGAAACUUCCACGAGAGUAUCAUGUACAACAAGAACGACGAGAGCGAGCGGGCCAAGGUGGAGGCUUGCGUCAAGAACAUGGUUCGCCUCGCCAUCGAGAUGGACGGCACCUGUACGGGAGAACAUGGCGUUGGAUGGGGAAAGAAGGAGAGCUUGCUGUGGGAAGUUGGCUCUGAGACUGUAGGAGUCAUGGCCACCAUCAAGAACUCGCUCGAUCCACGCUGGAUUCUGAACCCGGGCAAGAUCAUGGAGGUGCCAUGGGAGCGGCAGGACGAUCAUUCUGCUGCCAAAGACUAAGCGAGCGUAUCUCUCUUUUGUCGUCAUUCGUCAUUAUUACGAGAAGGAGAAGGAAAGGCGGAGAGCUUGUACCAAAAAACGUAGGAAGUUGAGUAGGCAGAAGAAAGAGAAAAGAGAAGAAGGAAGGAGAGUCUGACCGCCAUCUCGCAAAAUGAUGACGAAAGGUCCAAUCAUUAAGGAUAUAGAAUAUAGAAGGUGCAUUCAAUGGGAUCGUCUAAAGUACA